AAUUUACCAAAUAUUACUGGAUCCUACUACCCCUACCAAGGCUCAAUGCGACAUCGCGUAAUAUUCCCUCUUGUUAUUCCGCGCCACGUCCCUCACUUGUCCCACAAAUUUCAAAUUACUCCGUCUAUUCCGCUGAUCCCUCUUAUUUUUCACUCUUCCAUUUGAAUCUUGUCUGAAACAAAGAUAAUUUAAAAAACCCGAUUAUGGAUCCGAUUAAAUAUUAAUCGGGUUCAUUGAUUUCUUAUUUGAUCAUGUCGAUUUAAGAAGGGACAGAGAAAGGGAAGCUUUGGAUCGAAGCGUCGAGGUUUUUAUUAUGAUAUCAAGUAAUUCAGAAGGGGGAGAGAGUUGGGAGAUGAACGGAAUAGGAAGACAGGGGCAGAGAUCUACUGCGGCGGGGUUACAGGUGCACCAUCAGAGAUAAGACAACAUUCGGAUAAUUUAUUCCAAACGACGGCAUACGGCUUCAGUCUACUGGUUUCAGCAUAUUCACUCUUCUAACAACUCUGCUCCUCCACUUCAGGUUCCCGUAGACUCAUUGUUUGUGGUUUCUUAUUUGUUUUGAGAGCAUGAUUGUGCAUUAUAUGGCGGCAGAGGAGGAGAAGAACGUGGGCUAGGUCUAGAAUGUAGAGAAAUGUCCGGAGGGGUUCUAAUGCGGGCAAUGACUUUUUCAUGGAGCCUACGACUCCUCCAUUUAGUUCUCUACCGUCAAGCCAGAGGAAGAAUGGUGAAGAGUCACCUAGUGACUUUAGUCCUGGUCCCAUAGAUCUGCAUUCUUUUGUUACGGAGCUUCUGCCUGAGGUGCGCAAAAGACCUCUUAAUAAAAAGGUGUUAGCAAGGAAUAAGGAAGAUAUUAUGGAGACAAUUUCCAAUUCUCUAGUAGUCCAUGAGACUAAACUUAAGGUUGAGCUAACAGAGUACUUGGAGCAGCAUGAAUUUGUUUUUGAUGCUGUGCUGAAGGAGGAGGUCUCAAAUGAUGAGGUAUUUCUCUUGUCCAGGGAGUGGAAAAACCUAUACUAUGAAGCCACUUCCCCUUAAAGCUUCUCGGGAUAUAUUGAGGUUGAUGCACCAUACUUACAGGAACCAAGGGUUUCAGUUGUUUGUGUGCUUCUUUGGGAUAUAUGGAGGGAAAUUAUUUGAUCUCCUCAGUGAUAGGAAGUAAGUUGUUGUAAGCAUUCUCUUCAUCUAAUCAGUGCUAUUUGUUUAUUUGCUGAUAGCUAAGCUUUUGUUUUGCUGGAAACUUUUCAUGCUGGAGGAUGGUAAGCAACAAGUUAACAUGGUAGGUCUGCAAGAGUACUGACUACUGAGUAUCAGAUGUAGAGACUAUUAAUGGGCUUAUUGAGAAAGGACGUGCCACAAGAAGUACUGGUACCACUGGUGCAAAUGAGGAAUCUUCCCGUUCUCAUGCCGUACUUAAGCUUGCUAUCAAGAGAUCUGUUGAUGGUACUGAAUCAAAGCCUCCCCGUCUUAUGCAAAUCCUCGUUUAUAGAUCUGGCUGGAGGUGGAAGAGGUGCAGAUGCUACAGAUAAUGAUAAGCAGACAAGGUACAGAGCAAUCUUUCAAUUGCAAAAUGAUAUAGACCAGAUUGAGUUGCAGAGCUGGAUAUUUUGAUGCACUGGUGAUUAUAGCUGAAAUAAAAAGGAAGUGUUUUUAGUAUCUGAUAUAUAUUGUAAUUUGUCUGUUAGACAAUAUUGAAACGUAGAUGUUAUGCCAAAUAGUCAAGAGUUUCUGAAUCGUCUCAACUUUUCUUUGUCAUGUUGGUGUCUUAUCUUCUUAACUAAUUUUACUUAAUGAUUUGUUAUCAAGACAAACAUUUCAAAGUUAAAUGUUAUUCAGAAGUCUAUAUGCACCUGCAGAUGAAA